AUGGAUCUGGGACGUGGCUCGACGAUGCGUGCGCGCCAGACGCCGCAUACUUCGCAGCCCGAUACAUGGAUCCCCACGCGGGACUCGUAUGUGCCCGCGGCAGAGAAAGAAAAGCUGCUAGACUCGACGCAGCCAAAUGGCACAGCACGCGCCGAGGUGCCCACCCGCCCGCUGCUGAUCACCCGCAUGGAGCUGGUGGUGCUAGGCGUGAUCACGUUCCUAGCGCUGAUCGUGCGCUUCUACCACAUUGAGCGGCCCAGUAGUGUCGUGUUUGACGAAGUGCAUUUCGGUGGCUUUGCGGCCAAGUAUAUCUCGCGCGCCUUCUUUAUGGAUGUGCACCCUCCGCUGGCGAAGCUGAUGAUUACGCUUGCUGCAUGGCUGCAUGGUUUCCGUGGCGACUUUGAUUUCUCGGACAUUGGGACCGAGUACCUCACGACACCUGGUAAAGAGGCCGUGCCGUAUGUGGCGAUGCGGUCCGUCGGUGCGUUGUUCGGCACGUUGACUGUGCCUACGGCGUACCUGACGCUGCGUGCGCUGCAUAUGCGCCCAGCCAGUGCAAUCCUCGGCGCGAUGCUUGUGCUGUGGGACAAUGCACUCACGACACAGUCUCGCUUGAUCUUGCUGGAUGCGCCGUUGGUGUUCUUUGUGGCAUCGUCGCUGUGUGCAUGGGUGUUCUUUAUGCAGGCAGAUGCCCGUGCGCCGUUUUCGCGCGUGUGGUGGGCGUGCCUGAUCGCCACAGGCGUCUUCCUCGGCCUCGUGCUGAGCUGCAAGUGGGUCGGUCUGUUCACGUUGGCGAGUGUUGGCAUCGCCGUGAUCGUGCAGCUGUGGUACCAUCUAGGUGAUCUUCGUGUGCCGAUUCCUACGCUGGUACGCCACUUUGUGGCGCGUGCUGUGUGCCUGCUUGUCGUCCCGCUGGUAGUGUACAUGUCGAUGUUUGCCAUCCACUUCAGCGUGCUGACCAAGGCGGGGCAAGGCGAUACGUUUAUGAGCUGGGCCUUCCGCCACACGUUGGAGGGCAAUGGGAUGGAGGAUACCUAUGCGGAGGUAGCGCUAGGCUCCACGGUGCGCUUGCAGCACUACAACACGCUGGGCGGCUACCUGCAUUCGCACGACCAUCACUAUGAGACAGGCAGUCAUCAGCAGCAGGUGACGCUGUACCCCUUCCGUGAUGAGAACAAUGAAUGGAUCCUCAUUCGGGCGCCCAAUGAGGACUGGGAAAAGUACGAGCUGAACAAGGACGGGCAUGCGAUCACGCCUGACGACGAGAUUACGCGGUUCUACCACAAUAUCACGUACGUCAAGCAUGGCGAUGUGGUGCGUUUCAUUCAUGCUACGACCAGCAUGCGCCUGCACUCGCAUGCGGACCACCGUCCGCCGGUAAGCGAGGCGGACUACCAAAACGAAGUGACGGGCUAUGGCUUCCCUGCGUUGCGCUUCGGUGGUGAUAUCAACGACAACUGGAUCGUGGAAAUCCACGACCAAGAGUACCUCCCGCGUGCGUACGAUGACAAGCAGCUGCACACGCUGCGCACCGUCUUCCGUUUGAAGCAUGCGAAUUUGGGCUGCUACUUGUAUUCGCACAAAGUCUCGCUGCCGGACUGGGGCUUUGGCCAGCAGGAAGUGACGUGCAAUACCAGCCCGACGCUGCCCAACUCGCUGUGGUACAUCGAGACGAGCGAGCAUCCCCAGUUCACAGAGCUCACGCACAAAGUGAACUAUGUACUACCCGGCUUCCUCGGCAAGUUCCUUGAGCUGCACAAGGUCAUGUGGUCGGUCAAUGCGCACUUGACAGCGCACCAUGUGUACGAGUCGCGCCCGCAUACUUGGCCGAUCCUGCGUCGCGGCAUCAACUUCUGGACAAAGCACCACCGCCAAGUGUACCUGAUCGGCAAUCCGUUCGUGUGGUGGACGGCGACCGUCGCGGUGCUGGUGUACGUGGCGGUGCGUGUGCUUCUUGUGCUUCGUGCGCAGCGUGGCUACCAGGACUUUACCCGCAGCGCUGUCGUGCAGUACGACCGUGUGUGUGGCUUCUUGGCGAUGGCGUACGCUCUGCACUAUGUGCCGUUCUUCCUGAUGAAGCGGCAGCUGUUCCUGCAUCACUACCUGCCGGCGCUCUACAUUAGUAUUUUGCUGCUCGCGGCCGUGUUUGAUGCCUUGACGAUGCGUGUGCGCCCCACCUUCCGAUUGUAUGCGGCGCUGGGCCUCAGCGUGAUCGCAUGCCUGGUCUUUUCGCGCUAUGCGCCCAUCACCUACGCCUCGCAGUGGACGAACACGGCGUGUGGCGAUGCGAUUCUUUUGGAUUCCUGGGACUUUAACUGUAUUGAUUUCCCAGAGCAUCUCCGUGCCUACAAAGAGUUUGAGUCGGUGGUCAACCGACCGGGCCAGGUGAGUCACGGUGACGACGAUGCGUGGCACUUUUCGCUGCCAGACGUGUUGCACCGCAAGCCACUCAGCGGCGCGCCGCAAGCGUCGUUGACGGACGCGUACGCGGCGUCCUCGGCUGCUGCCGCGGCCACGGCCACAGACAGCGCCGCCAGCGACGCGGUGCCGAACGUCAGUGGAUGGGACGCGGCGCAGCGGCAGCAGGCCAUCCUGCAAGAACGACGGCGCGGACCUUUCUAG